CGGCACAGGAGCCCGGCAGCGCCUCCCUCCGUCGAGCAGCCGCUCCCACCAACAGCGCCUCCCGCCCAGCAACGCCUCCUCCCGGAGCUACGCCGGCGACCAGUCCAUAGGCAGUUUGAACAGGGCAUCAACAUUGUCAAUUGGAGAGGCUUGGAGAGAAAACAAGGAGCAGCGCCUCCGUCGUCCUCGCCCCUCUAAUGGAGCGGCCGGAGUGGAGGCUCUCCGACUUCGAGAUCGGCAAGUUCAUCGGCGAGGGCAAGUUCGGCAAGGUCUAUCUCGGCCGCGAGAAGCAGAGCGGCUACGUGGUGGCGCUCAAGGUGACAUACAAAGCGAAGCUGCAGAAGUACCGGUUCCACGCGCACCUGCGGCGGGAGAUCGAGAUCCAGCAUGGCCUUGACCACCCCAACGUGCUCCGACUCUUCGCCUGGUUCCACGACGCCGAGCGAGUCGUCCUCGUCCUCGAGUAUGCCGCCCGCGGAGAGCUCUACAAGCUCCUCCGCAGCGUCGGCCACUUCUCGGAGCGGACUGCCGCCACCUAUGUAGCAAGCCUUGCUGGUGCACUGGCGUACUGUCACAAGAAGCAGGUAAUUCACAGGGACAUCAAGCCGGAAAAUUUGCUCCUUGAUAUCGAGGGCCGACUUAAAAUUGCAGACUUUGGAUGGGCGGUUCGAUCAAAUGCUAAACGUCACACACUCUGUGGCACAAUAGAUUACCUGGCACCAGAGAUGGUAGAGAAAAAGGCUCACGAUUACGCUGUUGACAACUGGACUUUAGGAAUCCUGUGCUACGAGUUUUUGUAUGGCUCGCCACCCUUUGAAGCUGCAGAACAGCAAGAUACCCUGAUGAGGAUAGUCAAAGUGGACUUGCUGUUCCCUAAAACUCAUGACAUAUCUGCAGAUGCCAAGGAUCUAAUUUGCAAGCUGUUAGUGAAGGAUUCAAGCAAAAGGAUUUCUCUUGACGAUAUUUUGAAGCAUCCAUGGAUUGUAAAGAAUGCAGAACCUUCAGGGAGUUGCAUUGAGCAAAAAAACUAGUGCCUAAGCUCCUUGGGAAGUUCACAUUUCUUGAUAACGUCUGGGAGCAAUGUUCCUGUGCAGGAUAUGUCAUUUGAUGUUAGUGUGUGGUCUUUUGCGGCCUCCUCUUAUUUGUUGUUUGAAUUCAAAACUUAAAUACAAUUACAAAGGAGAUUGGGAGAGAGUUGAAUCUUGUCCCAACUCCCAACCUUGCUGAUAUGGCUAGUCAUGUUCUGCCCAGUUGUAAAACUCCCUAGUCAUUUUCUUUGUAACACUAUUAGUAAUAUACAAGAGGCAAGGCGUAUAAUGAGUGGCAAGAAUUUUCUUCAUAAGCAAUAUGCCGGACAUUUUGAUAGGUAGCCAGGUUAACAAUGUUGUGGACAUUUGUAGUCUUCCAUGCGUUAGAGUUGUCUUGCAGGUGCCUUGGAUUGGGCCCUGAUAUUAUCUGUAGCUGUGAGAAUUAUAUAACAAGCUUGUCAUUGAUUGUUUAUGUACAAAAUUUCAGCAA